UCGGUUCACCAAGUAAGACCGAAGGACGAGCAUUUUUCCCGAUAAGAACUCGGCAUGUAAGAAAAGGUAAAAUAGUCUUUGUAACUGCGUCAAGACGGCGACUGUAUACAUCACCCAGGGGCCAAGACUAGGAGGAAAACUUCUUUCAAAAGUCAGUAAAAACAUCAGACAUCACCACCGCCUUCUCUCUCUUAAAACACUCCAAAGUUUUUUCUUACGAACCCUAGGGUUUGUGCUGUGUUGAUCAGAGUAAUCGAUGGCGAUGCACGCAGGAAUAGGGCUUUCAAGGAUCUUGCUCAUAGUUGGAGCAGGAUAUACUGGUUCAAUCGUGCUGGGGAAAGGUCGAUUAUCUGAUAUAUUGGCCGAGUUACAGACGAUGGUGAAGGGAAUGGAAAAGAAUGGAGAUUCAGCGGUAGAUUCUGAUGUGGUUGCUCAAGUGCGUCGCCUUGCAAUGGAGGUCCGACAGAUAGCCUCAUCGCGCGGCCAGAUAACUGUUCUUAAUGGAGGUUCUUCUCUCGGAAAUGCGUCAUCUCUUGUGGUGCCACUAGCAUCCGCCGGGGCAUUGGGCUAUGCAUACAUGUGGUGGAAGGGUGUAUCUUUCUCAGACCUCAUGUAUGUUACUAGGAGUAACAUGGCAUCUGCUGUUUCAAAUUUGCAAAAGCAUCUUGAGGGUGUAACUGAAGCUCUUGCUAAAACUAAGAAGCAUCUGACACAGAGGCUACAGAAUUUAGAUGAUAAGUUGGAUGAUCAAGCGGCGAUGUCAAGAUCUAUCCGGGAUGAGGUUUCUGAAACUCGUGGGGAGCUCUCCAAUAUUCACAAUGAUUUGAGUAAGCUAGAAUCGUUUAUGUGCAGUCUGGAUGGGAAGUUGGAUUCUUUGGAGAUAAAGCAGGACAUGACAUGCAUGGGUGUGCAGUACCUCUGCAAUUUUGUGAAUGGAAAAGACCAAGGGGAUAUAAAGCGCUUUACGAAGACAUUGCCUAAACCUAAAUGUGCUUUCCCUGGAUUAGAGGCCUCUAAUAUGAUGGGGCUUAAGCAACUUACAGAUGGCUUGUCUGGAGGUAUUGUCGCAUCAGGGAACACCAAUGCUACACAAAAUGACACUCCUGCUAAAUACAUAAAAAUUGACAGGUCUGCUAGUGCUACCAUUGGAGUUUAAUGCACAUGGUCGAUCGGAUGAUGUUUGGACUAUCCCCAUGGAUAUAUGGACUUUUAGAAUAAAUUUGUGUAAAGUUAAUGUUCAAAUAUAACAAAUCAUAUUCAGUAUCAUGGUUUUUGUUUUGUGAACCAUAUACUUGGUUUUGCUAGGAAAAAUUGCCUGUGAACUUUUGAGGAUGGUUGUAAAUGUCCAAGGUGGAUUGAAUCGUCAUUUGGACAAAUCCAUGUCCAGCUUAUUUUCUAUUCUUUAAUGCCUUGUCUUGAAUUCGAUUUGUUCAGUGUGGAUAGUAAUUACUAAUUUUUUCCCCAUUACUUGC